UUUUAGCGCAGUGGAAGAUAACCUGACACAGGAAUGCUCAAAAUGCCAUCAUCACAAACUUUUUUUUAAUCUCUCUUUUGAAACACACAGCUGUCUGUAACUUUGAUGUUCAAGGUGGCAUGUGAGCAGGAGAGUCCAGCCAUGCAGCUGAAUGAGACUGGAGUUCAAACACUGGCUCCAGAGCCAUGUGAGACGCAGAUACUACAGGAGGACAUCACUGGAAACUGUAGCGGAGGUUCCACCAGCAACCUGUCACUGCACUGCUGGCUGCAGCUCCUCACCAAGGAAUCUAUCCUGGAAUUUCAAGUGGACAACUCCAGUCUUGUGGUGCGUAUGAUGAUAGCUUGUGUCUACUCCAUAGUCUGUGCACUCGGGCUGGUAGGAAACUCACUGUCUCUGUUUCUGCUGCACUCCCGUUACAAGCAGAAGCAAUCAUCCAUCAAUUGCUUUGUGAUGGGACUGGCUAUCACAGACCUGCAGUUUGUUCUGACUUUACCUUUCUGGGCAGUGGACACAGCUCUAGAUUUCCGCUGGCCAUUUGGCCGUGUGAUGUGCAAAAUCAUCAGCUCUGUCACCACCAUGAACAUGUACGCCAGUGUAUACUUCCUCACAGCUAUGAGCGUGGCACGUUAUUACUCUAUUUCCUCCGCGAUGAAGAUGCACAGCCGGCGGGCGGCAACUACUAGAGCAAAGUGGACGAGCCUGGGCAUCUGGACAGUCUCUCUGCUGGCCACUUUGCCUCAUGCCAUCUACUCCACCAGCUUCAAGGUGUCUGAUGAGGAGCUCUGCCUGGUGCGCUUCCCAGACUCAGGCAGCUGGGAUCCACAGCUUCUUUUGGGUCUCUACCAGCUGCAAAAGGUUCUGCUGGGCUUCCUUAUUCCUCUGAUCAUAAUCACUGUCUGCUACCUGCUGCUAGUGCGCUUCAUCCUCAGCCGACGCAUGGCAGGUACAGGGAACCCAGAGAUUGAGCAGGGCCGGCAAAGGCGUCGCUCCAAAGUGACCAAAUCCAUCGUCAUCGUGGUUCUGUCCUUCUUUCUGUGCUGGCUUCCCAAUCAGGCGCUGACUCUGUGGGGAGUGCUCAUAAAGUUUGACCUUGUGCCCUUCAGCAAGGCCUUCUACAAUGUGCAGGCCUACGCCUUCCCUCUGACUGUGUGUUUGGCACACACCAACAGCUGCCUCAACCCUGUGCUCUACUGCUUGAUUCGCAAAGAGUUUCGAGCAGGUCUCAAGGGACUUCUCCUCCAUGCCAGGCCGUCCUUCAGGAGCCUGACUCAUCUGCUGCGUCGCAAAGCCAAAGUAGCCGAGGCGCCGACUGUUCUGGUGCUGGUCCAAAUGGAUGUCUGACUUGGAUGAAAGGCUUUCUGUGUCAGAGGAGUUUAAAGAGUGAAAGACGAACUCACAAAGUAAAUAAGUGAAAGCUGCCUGUAUAGGAUGUGCCCCACUUUUACUGUGUGUUUCAAGAUUCACUCAGAAAAUACUUGUACUUGUUCUCUCUCUCUCUCUCUCUCUCUCUCUCUCUCUCUCUCUCUCGCUCUCUCUCUCUCUCUCUCUCUCUCUCUCUCUCUCUCUCUCUCUCUCUCUCUCUCUCUCUCUCUCUCUCUCUCUCUCUCUCCUCUCUCUCUCUCUCUCUUUCUCUUUCUCUUCUCUCUCUCUCUCUCUCUGACAGACAAUAUGUGUGCUGCUCUCUAGUAAUUGUGUAUUGUGUGUAUAGAUGUCAAUCAGCAAAACGUGCACCCCACAAUAAAACAUUUUUUUUUACGUG